AUGGUCGUAAUUCUCUUCACCCCUGCAGUGCCUGUAAUAACACAUGUUGCCAAUCCUCCUCAACCGGAAUCAAAGAAGCCGAAAAAUGAGCACGCGAGCGAACACGAAGAACAACACGUCUUAUUCCAACCAGGGAAAACAGAAAACGAGCACAAGGGACAUGACGAGGAAAACGGACAUGACGAGCAUGUCACCAAUCCCCCUCAACCAGAGUCAAAGAAGCCGAAAAAUGAGCACGCGAGUGACCACGAAGAACAACACGUCUUAUUCCAACCACGGAAAACGGAAAACGAUAAGCAUGACGAGCACGCGAGUAACAGCAAAAGCAAAGGUGGAUAUUCUGGUAACAUCGGAAUUUUAGUUGACCAGAACAGGAAUAUAAAUGGUAAAAUGAACACUGAGGUGAAUGAGAUACUAGAGAAUAGUGAUAAUGAAAGACAUAAAGAAAGUUCAUCCACCACAUCCAAACAAGUACUUUCGAGUGAUGAUAACAAAGAAACUUCAUCGAUUACAUCUAAACAACUUUCAAGUGAUGAUAACAAAGAAAGUUCAUCGAUUACAUCUAAACAACUUUCAAGUGAUGAUAAUAAAGUGAGGGCAUACAGAAAUGUUGGAUGUUAUAAGGAUGCUCUACCAAGAGCUGUACCCUCGCUUGAAGGUUGGUUUAUUUCUUAUACGAACAAUGCAGUAUGGAAGAGGAAUAUUCUUCCUUAAAUAUUUAAUAUUUCUACCUAUAAAAUUCAUGUUCCUACCUUACGGUGGGGGUGUUAUUCAUUCCAAACAGUUUCAAUACCAUUUCCCCUUAGCAAAUUCCAGGGUUUUUUUAACGGACUGUAUUGCUAAUCAACUUAUCAGAACACACUAAUGAACAAACAUAGAGUGUUGAAUGGAAUGAUAUAUCAAUAUGGAAUGUUAUAUGGAAUGUUGUGACAAGGAAGCCUUGUCAGGAGGUAACUAUAGAAACAAACUUAUAUUAUGAUAUUUGUUGUGUUGGUGUAGUGUACUCAGGUGAAUAAGAUGCUUGUGAUGUUACUCUGAGUGUGUAUCCACACCGGGCAGGCUUGAAAAAUAUGCCUGGCCACGGUGGGAAUCGAACCUACGACCUUUGGAAUGCUAGCCCAAUGCUCUGCCAACUGAGCUACGCGGUCAGGUCGGUUCGAGAUGCGAUAUUUCGGAACUGAGUCUAGUUCCUUCGAUAUCAGUAUAAUCUAAUAAUCAUGAUAUUUGUUGUGUUGGUGUAGUGUACUCAGGUGAAUAAGAUGCUUGUGAUGUUACUCUGAGUGUGUAUCCACACCGGGCAGGCUUGAAAAAUAUGCCUCAGUUGGCAGAGCAUUGGGCUAGCAUUCCAAAGGUCGUAGGUUCGAUUCCCACCGUGGCCAGGCAUAUUUUUCAAGCCUGCCCGGUGUGGAUACACACUCAGAGUAACAUCACAAUCAUCAAACUUAUAUUAUGUUUGUUUUAGGUUCUGAUCCCAUCUUGAAUGGCUAUUACAAAAACAGACACGAUGCUGUCGAGAAAUGCGCCCAUGUGGCAAAAUCACGUGGUUAUCAACUGUUUACAAUUCAAAAUGGCGGCUUCUGUUCAUCUGGUCCAAUGGCACACAGGACGUUUCAGGUAUAUGGGCCAGCGAGCAAAUGUAAAGGAGGUUUAGGUGGCAAAUGGGCAAGUGAUGUGUAUAUAUUUAAUGGUAAGUCAUACCAACCCAUGUUGUCGUCGUUCUGGUACAUUGAUUCAAAUACACUCUAUUACGGGCAUCUCUCGUCUUAGCUCUAGCACCCGUUUCACAAUAUCUCUCUACCUCAUCCUCUCUUUCUCUCGACAGUUCAUUGUCUUUCUAUUGAAUGUCUCCAUGCUACCUUAACUGGAUCUUUCUCUACUCACUAUCCAAGGCAUUCUCGUCUCUUAGGUUUAAUACCCUCAGGUCUCUUCACAAUAUCUCUUCAUCUCAUCAGAGGUCUCCCAACAGUUCAUCGUCUUUCUAUUGAAUGUCUCCAUGCUACCUUGACUGGAUCUUUCUCUACACUCUAUCCUGGACAUUCUCGUCUCUUAGGUUUAGUACGCUCAGGUCUCUUCACAAUAUCUCCCCAUCUCAUCAGAGGUCUCUCAACAGUUCAUCGUCCUUCUAUUGAAUGUCUCCAUGCUACCUUGACUGGAUCAUUCUCUGGAUCUUUCUCUACUCACUAUCCAAGGCAUCCUCGUCUCUUAGGUUUAGUACCCUCAGGUCUCUUCACAAUAUCUUUCCAUCUCAUCCUCUUUCUCUCGACAGUUCAUCGUCUUUCUAUUGAAUGUCUCCAUGCUACAUUGACUGGAUCUUUCUCUACACUCUAUCCUGGACAUCCUCGUCUCUUAGGUUUAGUACCAUAAGGUCUCUUCACAAUAUCUCUCCAUCUCAUCAGAGGUCUCUCAACAGUUCAUCGUCCUUCUAUUGAAUGUUUCCAUGCUACCUUGACUGGAUCUUUCUCUGCACUCUAUCCUGGACAUCCUCGUCUCUUAGGUUUAGUACGCUCAGGUCUCUUCACAAUAUCUCUCCAUCUCAUCCUCUUUCUCUCGACAGUUCAUUGUCUUUCUAUUGAAUGUCUCCAUGCUACCUUGACUGGAUCUUUCUCUACUCACUAUCCAAGGCGUCCUCGUCUCUUAGGUUUAGUACCCUCAGGUCUCUUCACAAUAUCUUUCCAUCUCAUCCUCUUUCUCUCGACAGUUCAUCGUCUUUCUAUUGAAUGUCUCCAUGCUACAUUGACUGGAUCUUUCUCUACACUCUAUCCUGGACAUCCUCGUCUCUUAGGUUUAGUACCAUAAGGUCUCUUCACAAUAUCUCUCCAUCUCAUCAGAGGUCUCUCAACAGUUCAUCGUCCUUCUAUUGAAUGUUUCCAUGCUACCUUGACUGGAUCUUUCUCUGCACUCUAUCCUGGACAUCCUCGUCUCUUAGGUUUAGUACGCUCAGGUCUCUUCACAAUAUCUCUCCAUCUCAUCCUCUUUCUCUCGACAGUUCAUUGUCUUUCUAUUGAAUGUCUCCAUGCUACCUUGACUGGAUCUUUCUCUACUCACUAUCCAAGGCGUCCUCGUCUCUUAGGUUUAGUACCCUCAGGUCUCUUCACAAUAUCUUUCCAUCUCAUCCUCUUUCUCUCGACAGUUCAUCGUCUUUCUAUUGAAUGUCUCCAUGCUACAUUGACUGGAUCUUUCUCUACACUCUAUUCUGGACUUCCUCGUCUCUUGGGUUUAAUACCCUCAGGUCUCUUCACAAUAUCUCUCCAUCUCAUCAGAGGUCUCUCAACAGUUCAUCGUCCUUCUAUUGAAUGUCUCCAUGCUACCUUGACUGGAUCUUUCUCUACACUCUAUCCUGGACAUCCUCGUCUCUUAGGUUUAGUACGCUCAGGUCUCUUCACGAUAUCUCCCCAUCUCAUCAGAGGUCUCUCAACAGUUCAUCGUCCUUCUAUUGAAUGUCUCCAUGCUACCUUGACUGGAUCUUUCUCUGGAUCUUUCUCUACUCACUAUCCAAGGCAUCCUCGUCUCUUAGGUUAGUACGCUCAGGUCUCUUCACAAUAUCUCCUCAUCUCAUCAGAGGUCUCUCAACAGUUCAUUGGUCUUCUAUUGAAUGUCUCCAUGCUACCUUGACUGGAUCUUUCUCUACUCACUAUCCAAGGCAUCCUCGUCUCUUAGGUUUAGUACGCUCAGGUCUCUUCACAAUAUCUCCCCAUCUCAUCAGAGGUCUCUCAACAGUUCAUCGUCCUUCUAUUGACUGUUUCCAUGCUACCUUGACUGGAUCUUUCUCUACACUUUAUCCUGGACAUCCUCGUCUCUUAUGUUUACUGCGCUCUCGUCUCUUAAUUCAACUGGGUGUCUAACAUUUCUUUACAGUAUAUGCAUACGAACUAACGGUUCAUACUGGAAUUGAACAGAAGAGUUCAACAGAUGCGAAGAUUUCGGUAGCACUUUAUGGUGUGAUGGGAUCAUCACGACACAUCCCUCUGAGGUCACAUGCAUCCGCAAUCAUCAAUGACCCAUUUCAAAGUGGACAGUAAGUUAAGAAGAUAUAUAAUAAAUUGAACAAAAAAUGGAAGAGAUUUGAUCAUAAAAACUAAACUAAGAUGAUUUAAGGCAAGUAAGGACCCACUUAAGAUCAGCUGUUAUCACAGGAGGAAAAUAACUUUAUUUAUGCUGGAUAACUUCUUUAUGCUGAAUCAGUUCUAAACUGUUCUCCAAUCACCCCAUCUGUCUGUGUGAUGUAGACUUGCUACAAGUCGAGUCGAGUUGCAUUAUAACGAGUAAAAUGUGUGAGCAAAUAAAACGAGUGAUGCUUUAUUUAUCGCAGGGGUCGGUUGUUCAAAAGUCGGUUACCGGUAUCUUAAUCCUAGGUUAAUAAUAAUAAUAUUUAACCAGAAAGCUCUCAUUACUUGACGUGGUUUUCAGAGAGGUCCUGCAAAUUCUUCAAUGCAACUUCCAACAGCUUGUUUAUAAACAUGGAAAUGUUUUUUUCUCGAAAUCUUGUCUGGAUCAAUAGGAGUUAGGGACCGGUCAUUAUUUAUGGUGGGGGGUGGCACCGAAGAGAAAUGUUUUUCCUGCUAAAAAUUUUGCUGACCCAACCAUUAAAAAGCAAAAAAUUUGAUUACCCAACCUCAAAUAUCAAUUAAAAAAUAAAUACCCACCCCUGGCUAAAACCUUUACAAAAGAAUACCAUUCAGUUGUCACACAUGUCCUCUACCACUUCUGUGACACAAGUUUGAUAACUAAACUUUCAUGUUAUAUGUACAUGUACUUUCUUUGGAGACACCAUUUGUCUCCCAACAAAUCGGAAAAUGAUCAAGAUAGUGACUCUGAUUGAUUCACAUAUUGUAUUGACAUAUGACUGUUGUUGCUUUUCAGUCUCCAAUAUUUAAGUAAUCGUGCUUUGGAAAUGACAAUAACUUUUAAUUACCCAACCCUUGAGUUGUUUUGUUUUUCAUUUACCCAACCUUUUAGUUACUCAAAAUUUAGUUUACCCAACCCUUUUCUCUUCGGUGCAACCCCCCGCCAUAAAUAAUGACCGGUCCCUUAUAUUUUCUAAAGUUUUGAAAUUAACAGACAUGCAGAAAUACAUGCACCAAACAGCAGGUGAACAACCGGCUUCAGUACAGUGCAGUGUUACUACAAGGGAAAAUAUAAACUAACUUUAUUUAUGUUGGAUGGCACUUACUGCUCAAAUGGCUAAAGUUGGUUGCAUAAUAUUUUUAUAACAGGGUAGAUAAAUUUAUGGCGCAUACAGUUCCACUUGGAGACUUGACACGACUACAUGUCUGCCUAGAUAAUACUGGCCCAUCACCAGAAUGGUAUUUAGAAAAGGUAUUCUGUAAUGUUCAAUAGUUUUGCUCUAAUUUGUGCAGCAUACAAAGUGAUAAUAAAGCUCAAAUUUUCACAUUAUAGAUAUCCAUUAAAGAUCCGAGAAAUAAGAUUUUUAUAUUCCCAUGCAACUGCUGGUUAAAAGGAGGCAAGAAGGGAAGCAUAUCUGAAAGAAAUUUAUUACCAGGUACGAAUCUCACUCUGACAUAUCUACCAAUAAAGAGGGAAUAGUCACCAUAAUACUUUCAACAACCACAUGCUGUGUUCGUUGUUCAAGAUUUUAUUUAACAAGAUUUGCUACAUAUACAAUCGUAACAACGUACAAGUUGUAACAAACCUGCAAGCCUGUAGCGAACACAUCUUGUUGACAAGUUGCGAGAUUUUUACCUUUGCACAACAGACAUACAAAAACGCACAAGUUGUAACAAACUUGCAGCAGACUUGUUAUCUCGACAUGUUUACAUAUAACCAUGAUAUUUAACUAAAGCAUUUUGAGUAUUUUCUUGUGAGCUCACAAAAAAUUAAAGGGCGGUGCUGGACUUCUCUAGGGGGUGUUAGACACCACUAGGUGGGGUGCGUAACCCCCCUGUAGAUCUGCCCCUGGGUAAUUGGUUCCUCAUAGGGUUAAAGAUAUUUACGCUGACAUAUUUUUCUUCAUAUUAGCUGUAGUUAUAAGCGCAAAAUCAUUCAAAUAUAUCGGAUGCUUCAAACAUCCUAAAACCAACAACAUAGCGACUCAAGAUUACAAGAUCCUGGAUGGCCAUCCCUCUACAGUCACGCUAUCCAACAAAAGUACGAAAUCCAAGAAUAAAGAUUACGUCAUUGAGAUGUGUGCACAGGGCACCUACGCCAGAGGUUACAUGUUCUUUGGGAUUCAUAAUGGAGAGCAAUGUUUGAGCAGUAGUGUAUUUCAAGACUCGUAUGGUAGAUAUGGCAAAGCGUAUGACUGUCUCACUACUGGUCGGGGAGGAAUGGAAUCUAUGGCUGUGUACACUUUUACUGAUAGAGGUAAUUUUUUAAUUUUUGCUUAGCGCUGAUGAAUAACCGAACUACAUAUUAAUAACUACAUAUUAUAAAACUCAUUAAUAAUUCAUGAAGAAAAUACAAAAGAAAUGAAUGUUUAAUCAAUGUUUGUAAAUCGCUUCAAAACCUCAUUAAUAAUUCAUGAAGCAAUUAUCCAAUCUUGAGUAAGAAAUUAGUCACGUGCAUACGUCUUUAUACCAGCUAAGGAACACUUUAACAAAAGACCAUUGUUAUGCAAACUAUAUAAAGAUUUUUAUAUAAAGAUUUUUAUAUAAAGAUUUGACUUAUUAUGCAAACGUUUUUGAAGCCAUUUAAAAAACUCGCAGGUCGUGUUUUAUUAGGUCUAAAGCCACUCACGCUGCGCGCUCGUGGCUUUAAACCUAAUAAAACACUCCUGCUCGUUUUUUAAAUAGUACAUAAAGAUUUGUCCUGAUUUACAUAAACUUCAGCUUUGAUUUUCUCGGCUUAGACAAUGUUUAUUUUUAAAGUUACUUCGCCAAUGAACUCAUAAGAUGGGUCGUUUUAUCGGCCAGAGUUUCUAUAACAGAUAAAGAUCGGAUGCGAAUGUUUUAUCUAGUACUUAAGAGGAGAAUCGUUUGUAUAUGUUACGUAACACGAGCUCAAAACUAAUGAAUAUACUUUUCCACUUGUUUAUGACUAUAUUCAAAUAUUUUAAUGUUUGAUACGUUUCUCAAGCGGCGUUUCUCUACCUACAUUCAACAUUCCAGACCAUUAAUUUAUUUCUUAUAUACACCCUUUUUGAAUUCUAGAACCGCUACCCGUACGAACGACUGGUAGCUACAAUGCAAAAUACUUAGAUAUGGUAGACGCAGACAAAAUUGUACAAGAACAUUAG